AUGAAAAUACUCCUAUCGAAACAACAAACUAGAAGGAUAGCAAUAGUUUCAGAAACACAUGGACUGGUAUUUAGGCCAAUAGACAGUAAGAACUCUCGCAGAUCUACAUGUGCUGUGGAAUUGGUUCCAAAAGUUGACUUAAACGGUCAUGGUUUCAGGAGACUAUCUAGCCAUGAAAUAUACGGCUUCAUUGGUCUCAUAGAAAUCGAAGGCCUUAUAUUUAUAGCAACCAUAACAGGGAAAUCUAAGGUGGCUCAGCCAAUUCCUAAUAAAACGGUCAACAAAAUAUAUGCCGUGGAUUUUUUUUGCUUAAAUAAUUCCAAAUGGGAUUUCAUGGACAUCGAUUCUUCCGGUUAUCCAAUUAUUACCAAUGACGGAGAUUUUGCAUCAAGCUCACGCCCUAAUAUCUCCACGCAUUCUUCUAGAUCAUCGCUACAUUCUUCUUCCUCGAGGAAUCUAAGUGCUCAAGAUCAAGUUCCCAAGCACCCAUGUCAUGAAUUAAAAAAGCUGUUGUCAAACGGAUCAUUUUAUUACAGCACCGAUUUUGAUUUGACCUGUACAUUGCAGAAACGUGGAUUCACGGAACAUUCUUUAAGUUUUGAUGAUUUUGACAGGGAGUUUAUGUGGAACUCAUUUCUUAUGAACGAAAUCAUCACAUAUAGAGACAGACUAGAUGUGGCGACCAAAGAACUGUUAGACCAACAGGGAUUCCUCACUACCGUAAUUCGGGGGUUCGCAGAAACAAUUUUCAGCUAUAUUAAUAGGUUGAAAGUGGGGCUCACCAUUAUUUCCAGGCAAAGUUGGAAAAGAGCAGGUACAAGGUUUAAUGCCCGUGGUAUAGAUGAUGAAGGACAUGUCGCAAAUUUUGUUGAAACAGAAAUGAUUAUGUACUCCUCUCAAUAUUGUUAUGCUUUCACACAGAUAAGAGGGAGCAUUCCCAUUUUUUGGGAGCAAGAUACGUCUUUGAUAAGUCCAAAGAUUCAAAUCACCAGAUCCGUUGAAGCCACACAGCCCACGUUUGAUGAACAUUUCAUGAGACUAUUCAAGAAGUAUGGGCCAGUCCAUAUAAUCAAUUUACUGUCCACUAAAUCUUCCGAAGUUCAAUUAUCAAGGCGAUAUAAGGAGCAGUUGAAAAACUCUAAAAAAAUGAAAGUUGGUAGAGAUGUAUUCCUAACAGGUUUUGACUUCCAUAGGGAAACUUCUCAAGAUGGAUUUGCAGCUGCAAGCAGGAUUAUCCCUAAAAUAAGAAACACAAUUUUGGCUGCCGGCUAUUUUUCGUAUGAUGUAAAAGAAAGGCGUUUAAUAUCCGAACAAGAUGGUGUCUUUAGAACCAAUUGCUUGGAUUGUUUAGAUAGAACCAAUUUGAUCCAACAGACGAUUUCAUUAACUGUUUUCAAACUAUUUUUGGAAGAUUUCCGAUUGAUCAAACCCAAUGGUUUCAUCGACGAUAAUGAAUUUGUGCAAAAGGAAAACGUUUUAUGGGCCGAUCACGGAGAUCAGAUAUCACAAAUUUACACUGGUACAAACGCUUUGAAAUCAUCCUAUUCAAGGAAAGGUAAAAUGUCUUUUUCUGGUGCUCUUUCUGAUGCAACAAAGUCCGUCAGUAGAAUGUAUAUUAACAAUUUUGUGGAUAAAGGAAAACAACAAAAUAUUGACACACUUUUGGGCAAACUACCUCAUCAGCAAGUUGUUGAACUCUACGAUCCAAUCUGCGAAUAUGUCAAUGAAAAGCUUUUAGAAUCAGAAGAAAAAUUUACCACUCACUCUAACAUAAAUUUAUUGGUUGGCACAUUCAAUGUUAACGGCAACUCUAGAAGAGCAGAUCUAUCAGAGUGGUUGUUUCCAAUCGGUGAUAAAUUCAAGCCUGAUGUCGUUGUAUUAGGUUUACAAGAAGUUAUAGAGUUGACCGCAGGGUCUAUCUUGAAUGCAGAUUAUACGAAAAGUUCUUUCUGGGAAACUAUGGUUACUGACUGCUUAAAUCAAUACGAAGAAAAAUAUCUUCUACUUAGAGUAGAACAGAUGUCUUCUCUCUUAAUACUAUUCUUUGUGAGAUCUGAUAGGGCCUAUAACGUGAAACAGGUAGGAGGGUCUACUAAAAAGACAGGUUUUGGUGGUAUUACUGGCAAUAAAGGUGCAGUAGCCAUUAGAUUCGAUUACGGGGCAACGUCGUUCUGUUUUGUUAAUACGCAUUUAUCAGCUGGAGCGAGUAAUAUUGAUGAACGCCGUCAUGACUACAACAAUAUCUACAGGAACAUAACCUUUCCAAGAUCUAAAACAAUACCCCACCAUGAUUCAUUGUUUUGGUUGGGUGACCUGAAUUACAGGAUAACCUUGACAAAUGAUGAAGUCAGAAGAGAAUUGAGGGCCCAGAAAGAUGGCUAUAUUGAUAGAUUGCUUCAAUAUGAUCAAUUGACUCAAGAAAUAAAUGAAGGAGUAGUAUUUCAAGGCUUUAAAGAACCGACCCUUCAAUUCCGCCCAACCUAUAAAUAUGACUACGGUACUGAUAAUUAUGAUACUUCUGAAAAGGCGAGAACUCCGUCCUGGACUGAUAGAAUCAUUUAUAAAGGUGAAAACUUGCAUCCAUUAGCAUAUUCAGAUGCACCUUUAAAAAUGAGCGAUCACAAGCCAGUCUAUGCUGCGUAUAAAGCAAAUGUGAAGUUUAUUAACGAAGAUAAGAAACUCAAUCUAGUUGAGAAGUUGUAUGCAGAAUAUAAAAAUACUCAUCCUGAAGGAUCAAUUACGGGCUUUGAUGAACUUCCUCGUGCAAGAUUGGAAACCCAAAAGGAAAGUAUAACCUUGGAUGCAACCGUUCAGUCAGCGGGUAUAAAACUAAUCGAUCUCGAUGAUACUUCCUUAUGUGUUUCGCCUCUACUUUCUGCUCCUCGCUCCCAAUCGUCAAUUGUUGGUCCUGGAGGAUCUAAUACUAAUGCACCAUAUGAUAAAAGUAAACUUAAUGUACUUCCUCCGCCCCCUCCUACCUCAAGACACAAUAAGGAACCGUCACUCAAGCCGCCUACGCCUAUUGAAGAGAUCCCCAUUGUUAGUGUAUCGCCGUAUAGAGGUGAAAGCAGUCUUCCUGCCAUAGAGAGACACGCCACGCCCAAACCGCUGCCGCCAGUGCCUGCUUCAUCUAGGCCUGCCUAUUCGCCAAAAAGCUCUUCAGAAUGUCAGCGUAGCAAAGAGACGGUGGGUAAAAAAAAAAUUGUUUCUCCACCUUGUACGCCGAGCAGGAGGAAGGUCAGUGCUACCCUAGAUGAAACCGCUGCAUCAACCAAAAAUUCUCGUGUGUCUUCUAGAGUAACCACUACAGAAGAUACUCAGCCUUUAAAGGCUCCCACAAAGCCUGAGAAACCACCAGUUGUCAAAAAGCCCGAACAUUUAAGUGCUGUUGUUACCAAGCUUGAUACUACCCAAGAACACACAAUAAAAGUUUCCUCGCCCAGUUCAAAAUCUGACGAGGAACUCAUUUUUAAGAAAAAGUCUAAACCAAAAGUACCUGCCAAGAACCCUGAACUGGAGAAACUGAGCGUGGAUUCAUUGAAGCCCCACGAUCCUAAUUAG